AUGGCUGAUAGAACGAGGUUAAAAGAAUUACAAGAAGCCCAAAAGAAAACUGAGGUUGUAGUCUUGGAUGAAAAAGCCAAAAGGCAGGCAAGUGAAGAAGAACUGCACAAUAGAAUGGAUCAAAUGGAGCACAACAUGAUUGCACAACAUGAGAAUCUCCAAGCUUCAAUAUUAAACAUGGAGCACAACAUGUUAGCAAUGCAACAGCAAAUGCAAAGCAUGGUGGAGCAAUUGCAGCUAUACAACAAGAACAAAUCUGUUCUUGGAGAAGGGUUGACAGCCUUUGUGGAGAAAGGGUCAUCUUCAAGGAUCAGAAGGUUUGCAUGGCUUCCAUCUACUUGCAAGGGAAGGCUGAAUUAUGGUACCAAGGAUAUACUGAAAAAAGGGGAGAUUCCAUCUUGGGAUGAGCUGGUUAAGAGCAUUCUUGAGAAAUUCGAGGACCUUGACUACGAGAGGGUCAUGACAGCUUUCAACAGACUCCAACAAGAGACCACUGUUAAUGCAUACUUGGAGAGAUUUGAGGAGCUCAAGGAUCAGAUGUUGGUAUUUAACAAGAACAUGGAGGAGGAAUUCCUUAUGAUGAAGUUUAUCAGCGGGCUCAAGGAUGAGAUCAAAUCACUUGUAACCCCUUGUGAACCCACAUCACUAAGCGGAGCUAUUGUUCUAGCAAGAAGACAAGAGUAUGCCAUGAAUGCUAUCUUGAAGAAAACCCAACCCAUAAACAGAAAUCCUCACCCAAAACCACCUUACAAACCACCACUAAAAAACCCCCCUCUCAGAUCAAAUUUCCAGCCUAAGAGACUCCUUACUGAAGCUGAGGUAAAAGCAAAAAAGGAGAAAAAUCUAUAUUACAGAUGUGAUGAGCCCUUUGUGUCAGGCCACAAAUGCAGAUAUAGACAGUUUUAUAUGCUGCUGGAAGACGAGGAAGCUAGGGAAAUUGAAGGGAUUGACCCAAAACCAACUGAAUAUGAAGAACAUGAGGUGAAGGAAGGGGAUCUAACUGUUUCAUUGCAUGCCAUGAAGAGACAUGUUCACUGUAAAACUCUGAGGAUGAUUGGCAAGGUGGGGGAUAAGGAGAUUCUUAUCCUCAUAGAUAGUGGAAGUACCCAUUGCUUCUUGGAUGAGAAGGUGGCCAGAACUCUUAAUUGUGAAAUAGAAAGCUCUACACCUAUGAUGAUUAGAGUGGCAGAUGGCAGUAAGUUGGCUAGCAAUCUCAUAUGCAAUCAGUUUACUUGGGAUAUGCAGGGGCACAAGUUCACACAUCCAGUGAGAUUAAUCAAGUUAGUGGGAUAUGAUUUGGUGAUAGGGUGUGACUGGCUCAGUCAUUACAACCCUGUGGAAUUGGACUUCAACCAAGCCAAGGUCACGCUUAACCUGCCUAAGGAAAAGCUGGUCUUAUAUGCCUUGCCUAAGACAGCCAGGGACAUGUCAGUUAACUCUAUGCUGUACCAAGAUGUGUUUCAGGAACCAAAGUCUUUACCCCCUGAAAGAAGCAUUCAAUAUUCUAUAGAAUUGUUAUCUGAUGCAAUACCUAAGAAGCAGCACCCCUACAGAUACGCUUAUGGUCAGAAAACAGAAAUUGAAAGGCUUGUGAAGGAAAUGCUGGGAAAUGGGAUUAUAAGACCAAGCCAAAGCUCCUUUGCCUCACCAGUGCUCUUGGUGAAGAAGAAGGAUGGUGGAUGGAGAUUAUGUGUAGAUUACAGGUACCUCAAUAAUCUUACUGUGAAACAUAACUUUCCCAUACCUGUAAUUGAUGAACUACUUGAUGAGUUGUAUGGUGCUAAAUUCUUUUCCAAAAUCGAUCUGAGGUCUGGUUACUUUCAAAUAAGAAUGAAGGAAGAUGAUAUUCCUAAGACCAGUUUUAUCACCCACAGUGGUCACUACGAGUUCUUGGUAAUGCCAUUUGGUUUGUGUAAUGCACCAUCUACAUUUCAAGCACUUAUGAAUGCAGUGUUUGAACCCUAUCUAAGGAAGUUUGUUCUAGUAUUUUUUUAUGGCAUCCUCAUCUAUAGCAAGGAUUGGGGAAUGCACCUAGUGCACCUCAGAAAAGUAAUGGACCUCAUGAGGAAACACCAGUUGUAUGCUAAACAAAGCAAAUGCUACUUUGCCCAGAAUAGAGUGGAGUACUUAGGACAUAUAAUUUCUGGAGAUGGUGUUGCAACAGAUCCAGCAAAAAUUGAUAGCAUGGUGAAUUGGCCUGUUCCCUCUAAUGUUAAAGCACUCAGAGGUUUCCUAGGCCUCACAGGGUAUUACAGGAGGUUCAUAAAGAAUUAUGGUUCUAUCAGCAAACCACUUACAUCCUUGCUAAGGAAGAAUGCCUUUGAAUGGAACCUAGAAGCUGGGGAUGCUUUUAAACAGCUCAAAAAGGUAAUGACCACUGCUCGAGUGCUAUCUAUGCCUGACUUCUCUAAACCUUUUAUUGUGGAAACAGAUGCUAGUGGAAAGGGUAUUGGAGUUGUGUUGAUGCAAGAAGGGAGACCCAUAACCUAUUUGAGUAAGGCUCUAGCUACAAAGAAUUUGGGAACAGACCAAAGGAGUCUCAAGCACAUAUUAGAUCAAAGGGUCGAUUCUAUGUUGCAGCAGAAAUGGGUCACUAAGCUUUUAGGCUUUGGUUAUGAAGUGCAAUACAAGAAAGGGAAUGAAAAUAGGGCUGCAGAUGCCUUAUCCAGGGUGGAGCAUGAAGAAAAUGACCUUCAAUCUCAUGCUAUAUCCGCACAGAUUCCUAUGUGGAUGCAGGAGGUGCAAGCAAGCUAUGAAGGGAACACUCUGUUCCAAACUGUGGCACAAGCUAAGAUCAUAGACUCACAAUCAUUUCCUGAUUACACUUAUGAGGCUGGGGUGUUGAGAAGGAAAGGGAAAAUAUGCAUUGGCAGCCAUGGGGAAAUUAGAGAAAAGAUCCUAAAGGUGCUUCAUGAUUCAGCUCUUGGGGGCCAUUCUGGGAUUGUUGGAACCUAUCAAAGGGGGAAGUUGCUGUUUUAUUGGCCCACAAUGAAGGCUGACAUUCAAAACUGGGUAAAAGAGUGUGAGGUGUGCCAGAGAUCAAAACAUGAAAACUGCCCUUAUCCAGGGUUGUUGCAACCAUUGCCUAUUCCAGACCAAGCUUGGGAUAAGGUGUUUACCAGCAAAUUUUGGAAGGAAUUAUUCACAUUGUCAAGGGUAUCCCUGGACAUGUCUAGAGCUUAUCACCCCCAAAGUGAUGGGCAAACAGAAAAAGCUACCCCAUUUCAGGAAAUGUAUGGUUACCCCCCUCAACAACUCAGUAUUGGCCCUUACUUGCAAAGCCAUCACAGUGAUGUUAAAGAACUCAUGCAAGAAAGGGUGAAGGUAUUACAGCUACUGAAGGAAAAUUUACAGCAAGCUCAACAUCGUAUGAAAACAUACGCUGACAAGAAAAGGUCUGAGAGGGAAUUUCAAGUGGGAGAUGAAGUCUUCCUAAAACUGCAGCCCCACAAACAGACGUCCGUUGCACUCAAGAAGAAGAUUGGUUCUAAGUACUUCCCCUCGGAUAAGUUACCUGACUUUGAAGAUGAAACCUUCAAAAUUUAUCCUGCUACUAUUCUAGCUCGAAGACUGAUACCAAGGAACAACGUAGGCGUUCCCCAAGUAUUGAUUCAAUGGUCUCAUUCAUCUCCAGAACAAGCCACUUGGGAAGACUAUCACUCUGUUGCUGCGACAUUCCCAGAUUUUGAUCCUUGGGGACAAGGCUCAAAAAAAGCGAGAAGGAGUGUCGCACUUUUAAACCAAAAUGCGACUUGUAAGGAGAGGCGUACGAUUAGAAUGGGGAAUGAAGACCAUGGGAUCCAGCCGACUGAGGAAAUUGGGGGUGAUUUAAAAAACCCGAGUAAAGACGACGUCGUUUCAGGCGAAUUAGGGCGCAAUCGAGGAACGAUUGAAAUUGGGGAUUCGUAG